AUGACGGCAUAUGUCAUAUGCGCAAUCUGCCUGUAUGUGUGCAGCUAUGAGAGGGCUCUGCCGCACUCUGAGGAAGAGGAUACUGAAGGGCUGGGUUCCUACAAACAGGCAGAUGGAACAAAGAGGAGCUGGAGCAGCAGGGUGGAAGGGAAGCCCGUCCAAGUGCUGCCUGUCCUCAUCUUCAGCGGAGUCGCAGCCAGUAUGUUCUGCUCCAUGCCAGCGGCGACUCCCAGGCAGCACAGUAUGGAUGGAAAUCAGAUUGUCUUGUGGUCACAGCUCAAUAGCGCUCACAUGGCAAUGAUCGACACUCUGAUGAUGGCAUACACUGUGGAGACGGUGAGCGUUGAAAAAGUGAUGGCCUGCAUUUGUCAGUAUUCGUACCGCGACCCUGAGGUGGAAACACCUUACGACACAGAGGACGCAGUGAACACCUGGAUCAACAAGGUGAAUGAGUAUCUGAAAGACGUUGUGGCUCAGGAGCAGAGGAAGAGUGAGACACAGAGCGCAGAGCCUGCUGGGAGUCCUCGGUCACCAACCAAGUGGUACAUGAAGCUUGUGCCCGCCCGCUACAGGAAGGAGCAGUCCUCUCCCCAGAUGGUUCCCUGGAUCCCCCCAGUGGACAACCUGCUGAAAGACAGCACAGACGGCUCGGCACUGGGCGCGCUGCUGCACUUCUACUGCCCUCAGCUGCUCCCAUUGGACGAUGUGUGUCUGAAGGAGAACAUGACGCUGGCUGACCGGCUCUACAACCUGCAGCUCAUACAGGACUUCUGCAAAGACAACCUAAACGGCUGCUGCCACUUCAGCCUGGAGGACAUGCUCUACGCCUCCUCCACCAUCAAGAAUAACUAUCUGGUGUUCAUGGCAGAGCUGUUUCAAUUGUUUGAGGUGGUCAAGCCGUCUUUUGUGAAGCCAAGAAUGCUGGAGCAUGAAGGCACAGACCCCUCAUCCUUGUUGAAGAACAUUUCAGCCAUCCCCAUCUCCAAGGCAACCAAGAAGAGCUUCAUGGAAAGACCCCCAAGUCCUGAAAGACCCAGUUUACCCCUCCGACCACAGCCUCGAAACUCAGGAGAGAUCAAAAGGUCAACCUCUAUGUCCUUUGUCGAUGGAAACCUCGGCACCUGGCCAAAAGAAAAAAGGUCUGGUCCUUAUGGAGUGUCAUUUGACAUCCCCUUUGACAAAGAGGACUCUGCGUCCGGCUCCAUGCAUGGGAUGGUCCGGUCUGUCAGCACUGAUGACGGCUCUGGUUUCAAAGUCCACCACAUGCCCCGUGGAAUGAAGCGUAAUCUGUCCUUCCAGCCUGUGAACGGUCAGAGUGUGGGCAUCGAUGAGGAGGGCUGCCCAGACAGCCUGGCUGGUGAGGAGCUCAGCAGAGGAGCAUACCCCAACGGAAAUGGAAGUGUCAUGGCAACAACUCCCUCCAUUGAGGAAGCCCUUCAGAUUAUCCACAGCCCGAGCAGACCCCCAGCGGAGGGGGUCAACAGCGGCUUCUUCCUGCACUCCCCACAAGGGGCUGGUGUUGCUGUCUUGGAGCCAGUGUCAGAGUUGGACUCCAAAGGGUCUCUGAGCAUCACAGACACUAUAGAGGUGGACACAGGCAUCCAUAUCCGAACAGAGGACAUGCUGGAUGAGGACUCCUCUCUGAAAGACUGCUCUGUAAACAUGGACCUGGAUAUGGACACGCCAAGCCCCUGCCCGAGCAAUCGGAGCAAAUCCCCCUCAGGAUUUAGGUUGACCAGCUUUGCAGAUCAGAAGAAGAAGAAGCCUACUCCAUCAUUGCCCGACUCAGGGAGAUGCAGCAGCAGCUCACUCAAGACCACUCCUGAGGGCUCUGAGUUUGGCCUUCCGUUAUCCGUCUCCUGGGCCCCGACCCCCGAGCACAGCCCCAUCCGUCAACAAACCCCAUCCCCCCUCACUGCUAAAACAUCGCCCACACCUGUACAACUGCCAGCAAAUGACCCUGCUCAGGUCAUGGCUACGGAGAUGGUACAGCUGAGGAUGAGGCUGGAGGAGAAACGCAAAGCCAUCGAAGCACAGAAGAAGAAAGUAGAAGCUGCUUUUACAAGGCAUCGACAAAAGGUUGGUCACUCUGCGUUUCUCACUGUGGUCAAGAGAAAGGGAGACGGGGCGGCAAGUGGGGAGGAAGGAGGGAAAAUUGAGGCAGCAAGCACAAGUCCUACCUUUAAAUUUGGGAGGAGCAAAGCAGAAACACCUGAUGGUGCAGAGCAAAGCAGCACGGCCUCCUGUUGGUUAAAGUCACCGUGUGCAGGAGAGGAAGGUGGUCAGGGCCAGACUCAGCUGACAGAGGGAGAUCUCUCAGAGUACACACGUUCUAUUGACAAACUCAACCAUUCACUAGCCUUCCUUCAGACCGAGAUGCAGCGACUGGCUCAGCAGCAGGAAGUGAUCAUGGCCAUGAGGGAGAAACAACACCAGCAGCAGGCGUGGGUCAUCCCUCCUUCAUACGCAAACCCAUCACCACAAAAACAGAGUCGAGCCGUUACCCGAUCCUCAGGACCCUCUUCUCCCGCCGACUCUCCUCAUUCUACUCACCGCUCUCCAACCAGCAUCAAACGCAAAUCUGCUUCCUUCCACUCACGUACUCCUCGCAACCCUCGGCCCAACGAGCUAAAGCUUGCCCCUUAUAAUCGAGUCCUAACUGCCCCACAAUCUGUCGACAGCAUCCCCAGGCUACGGCGGUUUUCUCCCUCCCAGCCCUUGGCAUAUGCCAUGGUUUACUUGGGGGAGAAACCAGCAACAGCCAAUCCAGAUGCAUUAGAUGGAGAUAAAAACAAGGAGACAGAGUCACUCCUUUCCCCAGAGAGGGAGAGGGCCAGUAUAUGUGUAGCUAAUUCAGCGCCCAGCUCCCCAAACCUCAAGCUCAAAGGAGAACCAACCGAAGCAGAUUCAGUUCUGAAACCUCUCAUCGAGUCAUCAGUCCCUGAGGUUCUGGCCCAUCCUGUGGUAGAGACGUUCACAGUGACACCUUCAGAGAUCCCUCCCCAGCCAGAAGACCCAGGCCAAGUGAAGAGCAGCUUGAUAGAGGUUCCUCUGUCGGUCGUGAAGCCACUGGAAGAUUUGACACUUGAUGAUGAUCUGGAGAUGCAGCUGGGGGAGGAGGACGGCGCUGAUCACGAACAGAAGAUAUCUCGUGGUUUCUUCUUCAAGGCGGAUGGUGUGGCCGAGGAGGACAUGGCUCAGAAGAGGGCUGCACUGUUGGAGAAAAGGAUGAGGAGAGAGAAGGAGAGCCAGCAGAGGAAGAUGCAGCUGGAGGCUGAGGUGGAGCAGAAGAAGGAGGAAGCUCGACUGAAAGCAGAAGAGGAGCGCAUGAGGAAGGAGGAAGAGAAGGUCAGGAGGGAGUUCAUCAAACAGGAGUAUCUCAGGAGGAAGCAGCUGAAACUGAUGGAGGACAUGGACACUGUCAUCAAACCUCGACCAGUGGGCGGGGCCAAGCAGAGGCGGGGGCGUCCGAAGUCUAUGCAUCGCGAAAGCAUGGACUCCCCCAAAACCCCUGUCAGAGCUGCCACAGUCUCUAGCUUGUCCCUGGCUUCCCUCAACCUGGGAGACAGCGACAGUGUUCACUCUGAGAAGAGGUUGCCAAGAAGUGCUAGCUUAGCAUCUGGUGGUCUCUUCUACUAUCUGAACUCUCCUAAACUGAGAAGGAGAAGGCCAGACUCUGCAGAUGGCUUCCUGUCCCCGAGCCGCUCCAGCAGCAGGAAUGGAGAAAAGGACUGGGAGAACGGAUCCACAACCUCCUCUGUCAUAUCCAACGCAGAGUACACUGGACCGAAGCUGUACAAGGAGCCCAGUGCCAAAUCUAACAAGCACAUCAUCCAGAACGCUCUGGCCCACUGCUGCCUCGCAGGCAAGGUUAAUGAGGGCCAAAAGAACAAGAUCCUGGAGGAAAUGGAGAAAUCAGAGGCCAGCAACUUCUUGGUUUUGUUCCGAGAUGAUUUCCCCCAACCUCACAGAGGUUCUGGUCACCUUGGCAACCCUUAG